GAAAAUCAUAACAAGGUUCUAACCUCAAAACUUCAAUUUCAAAAGUUCAGUGCCCCCGAAACUUCCCAAAAUGCUCCCCAAUAAUCAAACGUCCACUUCCACUACAAUUUACUCUUAUUUUCUUCACCAUUAAUUAUUAUAUAGGCGUUACAACAGUUUGUAUUGUGCAAAUAAUUAAACGGGACGUGAUUAUAGCCCCAAGAAACUAGUGUAAUAGAUAAAGAUUCCAAGCAAACCUUUGACAUUCCUGUUUAACGAUUUACCUUGUGUGAAGAUGGAACCCGCAAAAAAUCCCAUCCAAGAUGAUAUGAGUACCAUCCCUCUAGCAGAUGAUGAUCCGCAAGUCAUUAUUGAAGACAAUGAAUCUACUGAAAUGUCACAAACUUCAGAUGCCAUCUUGCGUGGAAGGAGUAUGGACUCAAUACCAUCGACUUUCACAAAUGGAAGUAGUAGCCCAAGUCAUAAUAGUCUAGAUCCAGACAUCAGUCCAGAUGAGCAAGAGGAAAAAGCACGAUUGAUCUCUCAAGUCCUUGAACUACAGAACACUUUAGAUGAUUUAUCUCAAAGAGUAGACACAAUUAAAGAGGAAAACUUAAAAUUAAGAUCUGAGAAUCAAGUCCUUGGUCAAUACAUCGAAAACUUGAUGGCUGCCUCAAGCGUUUUCCAAUCUACCUCACCAAAAAUUAAAAAGAAAUGAAACUGUCGCCAAACUCACCGUGUUAUUUUAUUCCACAUUUCAAUUUUUCUUGUAAUUUAACUGUCAGAGGUAUAACUACCUUUUGUGCUGCUUAUGACAACUUUUCAGUCUACCUGAACAGCAGAAAAACAAAUAUUUUAUUAUUUGCAAUUUUUUUCUAUGUAUUCUAGUUCCUCACUCAUGACCCAAAGAGACGUCAAUCAUUGCAAAAUGCAGUAGUGUACAUGUUUUCUUAGUCGUAUUGUAAACAUUUUAUAUUUUAUUAUCAUUAUUUACUUAUCUGAAUUUUAAUUCUAUGAUGUUCCAUUUUUAUUACGGAAAAACUAUAAAAUAUUUCAAGUCAAACUUGAUGAGCAUGAUCUUGCAUGAGGCAUUUUAACAAAAUCAGCUAAUUCAGUGUAUAAUGCAACAAAUGAAAAACUAAUAAAUUUCUGUACAGCUCAUUCUAUGGAACAAGGGAAAAAUUAGAUAUGGAGCUGCGGAGAUUUAGGAAGAAUAUUUGGAAAAUCUCAACCUGUUUGAAGAUAGCAUUUAUUAGUUUGGAGAUUUUCUGUUGGCUCCCAAAUUACUUUUUUGCCACAUCGCAAAAGACUAGGUGUUGCAAACAUAUUCUAAAAUUUGCCUAAUGCUGCUCAGUUGUAUGACCUUCUAUGUUAUUGACCUGGAACACUCAUUUCAUCUCUCUAUUUUUUCUGAGGAAUCAAUACCAAUUACAGGGAAUAUCACUUUAGAAUAAGAAAGUAGUCGCAGAGCUACACAACCAGACUAACAAUAAGUGCAUAGCAUUUUCUUUUUUGCACGGAUAUCACCAUUAAUUUCACUAAAAUUAUCAUUUCAUAAAGGUCACAGGAGAGUGGCGAUACAUAAUUUUGCAACCAACUCACCUAAUUUAGAAGUUUGCUUACAAAAUUUAUAACUGUCAUUUUGAAAUUUGGUUACCUUGAGUUUCCAUUGCUGUUCCUACAAUUCUUUGUUUUUAAUUUUAGAUAUCCAGAACACCUAGUUUGACACCUGAACUGAAAAACAAAGAUCGUUAAAUUUUUUGUAACUUUGAGUCAAAGCUAAGAAUUUUCUUUUCUUUCCCCUCCCUGUAUAUUAAUGUUACUACAUAUGAGGCUGAAUUAUUAAUAAUAUUGGCUGCCCAUGCCUAACGCUAUCUUAGAUUCUUUUUUCCAACUAGUAUUGAAGAAAAAUACUAGUGCUUGUGUCUUAUCACAUCAUACCAAUUCACUUUCAUCCAGAGAUAAGGAUUAAAAAAAAUCAGUAUGGAAAAAAUGACGCAGUCUGUAGUUUUGUAGGUUCCAUGUAUAGGAGAAAGGAAAGAAAUCAAUACCCAUGGAAAAGCUGAUGCAAACCCUGGUCCUAGCACAUUGAAGUACAAAAGCAUACAAUGAAAACGAUCUGUAAUAAUGUUCACUACAUACUAAAGCAACUCUUCUGACAUACUCUCCUCUCAGACAUAGCUUCAAGGCUUAGCAUUAUUUGAAGCUCAACAGAAGUCUCCUCUGCCUUGGGCGCAUUCUGGGGUUAGAGCAGCAAAAAUUCACAAUGGAGAUAAGACCCAUUUCAUUGUAGUAGUGUCUAUGGUGUGCUUUGUUCUUUUCCUUAUUGUGAUCGACUAUUUCAAUGUAUACACAUGUAUUUUAAUGUUUAGUUCAUUCUGUGCGCUUUCUGUUGUAAGUGCAUUUUGUUUUUACCUCUUCACUUUCAUUUACUGUCGUAGUAUGUUUAAGUUUUGCCUAUUCUAUCUUCCUGAAGGAACUGAAGCCAUUAAAAUAUUAUUAUACACACAGCAAAUAACUAA